GGGGGAGAAGAGUAAUGACAUUUUGGAGAGGGACCAGACCCCACAAAACAGCAACAACUUCUCAUUCAUCAUCUUCUAUCAACCUCUUUUAUAUCCAAAAAGAACUCUUUCCGAGUCUGACACACCACACCACACCACACCACACACAGCUUCAGCAGAAUCCGAAUAAAAUCUAUCUCCUCUCUCUGAAUUGCCUUCACUGAAUUGCCCUUGUACCAGACAACAUUGCAGGAAACAUUAACCUUAAAACAACAAUCUCUCUCUUUCUGUCUCGGAAACUGAAGCCUUUUUUUUUGGGGGUUUAGCCGAGGAAAUCUCUGAAACUGACACUGAAACAGAAAGUCAGAGAGUGGGAAAUGGAGUUAGUUCCAUACUCGGACCCAAACUCCAAAAACUCAAGCUCCCCAACCCCACCGUGGCAAGACAUGUUCCGAUCCGCCUCCAACCGCAAACCGUCCGAAACCCCAUCCCCAUCACCACCUCCCCAACCCAACGCGUCGCAGUCGCCACCACAAACUCGGGCGCCACCACCACAAAACCCAGAUCACACACUCUCCGGGGACCCCCAGGUCCGGCUCGCCCUCUACAUCGCCAUGGCCCACGCCGGCGUCGCCUUCGCCAUCUUCAUCCUCUACUUUGUUUGCAAAGUCCUCGAGCAGUAUCUCCGCCCCAUCCAAUGGGCCGUGCUCUGCUCCAUCCCUCUCAGAGGCGUUCAACAAACACUUGUCUCCUUCUGGUCCGAACCCCUGACACUAGGCCUCACAGAAACCGUUCUCGCCGUCCCAGUUGCGAUUUUCAAAGUUUUCGUUGACACCCUCAUCGAAAUUCGCCUUCUUUGCUUCCGGGUCAUUCUCAGAAAGCCGAAAUCCGACACCCCGCGACGGUUCCGUAGUGGGUUUUCGAAGCUACUUCGGUUGCUCUUGUCGUUUGGGAUGUUCAUCGUAGCUUAUGAGAGGCUUGGGGCUAUUGGGUCUUUGGCGUUGAUCGGAUUAGGGUUCCUGUUCAGCUCCAAGGGGGUGGAUUCCACAAUGUCGGCCGUGACGUCGUUUCGGAGCAAUAGCUUUCGCCGUAGCGCGAUCAGUGCGUUUUUCACUCGUGGGGUAUUGAAGAGGUUGAAAACCAUUGUGGCAAUUGGGCUUAUUUUUGGAAUGAUUGUUGGGUUUUUAACUGGGGUCAUAUUCUUCUCGUACAAGAUUGGCGUUGAAGGAAAAGACGCCGUGAUUUCGUUGAAACUACACGUCGAAGAGAGCAACUAUGCUGAGAGGAUUGGUGUGAAGAAAUGGAUGGAUGAGAAUGAUGUGCCUGGGAUGGUGGAUAAGUACACUACUCAGUUCUAUGAGACUGUGUUUGAUCAGGUUGAUAGUUUGGCAAUGCAGUAUAAUAUGACUGAGCUUGUGACCGGGAUUAAGCAUUUCGUGAUAAGGACACCGGUUAACUCUUCGGUGCAUUCGACAGCUUUAGUUAGUCCUUCGCCAUAUGAAGAGAAGCUCUUGAGCUUGAGGAAUCGGAUUAGUCAAAGGGAAUGGGGGCAGAUAUAUACAGAAUUGGAUGAUAUAUUUAGGGAACUGAUAAUCACAAGGGAGGAUUUGGUCGUGAAGGCUAAAGAGUUUGCGGUUAAAGGUAUGGAUGUGUCACAACGUGUGUUUGCAAGUAGUAGAACCGUGUUAGGCAGUGGUGCAAAGUUUGUAUUUUCCAUUGGAAAUUCAAUACUCUCUGGAGCGGUGGAGGUGUUCAAUUUUGUGUCUCAGUCAAUGGUGUUUUUCUGGGUGUUGUAUUAUCUGAUCACAUCGGAGUCUGGUGGGGUGACUGAACAAGCUAUGUGUAUGGUUCCUAUGUCAAAUUCGGCGAGGGUUAGAUGUGUGGAAGUUCUGGACAAAGCGAUUUCUGGUGUGCUUUUGGCCACUGCCGAGAUUGCAUUUUUUCAGGGAUCUGUCACUUGGCUUUUAUUUAGACUAUACAAGAUACAUUUCGUGUACAUGUCAACUGUGCUUGCAUUCAUCAGCCCUCUGUUUCCAAUUUUUCCAGCUUGGUUUGCCACAAUUCCAGCAGCUCUGCAACUUUUGGUGGAAGGCAGAUACAUAUUAGCCAUUAGCUUGUCCAUUAUUCAUCUUGUGCUUAUGGACUAUGGUGCAUCGGAAAUACAGGAGGAUAUACCUGGUCAUAGUGCCUAUCUUACAGGGCUUAGCAUCAUUGGCGGAAUGACAUUGUUCCCUUCUGCACUUGAGGGAGCAAUUAUGGGUCCUCUGAUAACUACAGUUAUGAUUGCUCUUAAAGAUUUGUAUGCAGAAUUUGUUCUGGAAGAACACAAGGAGAAGGACAAGUAGAUUGCAACAAAGCCUUUGCCAGCUCUUACUUUGUAUUUAUUUGCUAGGAAUGGAAUGGAACACACCACACAGUUGAUGCAAUCACAUGAUUCUUUGACACUUUCAGAUUGGCUCAUUUGGGAUGUUGUUUUUACUUCCAAGCCUUCCUCUUUUCCCAUUUGUUUUAACAAUAGAUGGAUCAUUGUAUUCUUUAUGUUUUUAGCAGCAUGGUAGAGCAAAAGUUGUAGAGUGUUUAUCCAUGUAACCAUGUAAGAAUUUGGCUUGUUCUUUUUGGAACAUGUAAAAUUGAGUGUGAUUUUUCAGUG